AUAUGGACGGGGUGCCCGGGUGGGCUGUUGGUGACGGCGCUUGUGUUUUCGGCUCGGUCGCUCGCGUUGUAAUCCAAAUUCCCCUCGAGCGAGGCGAAGCCGCCGCCGCAGCCGCCGCCUCCUCCUCCUCCUCCAGCCCCAGUUGCCUCUCUGACCUGAUCCACCGCGCCGCCGCCAACCCUAGCUGCCGCCUUGACCUGUCCGCCCCGCAUACCCCGCGAUCUCCUCUGAACUCCUCUAGGUCUAGGGCAUAAACUCCUCCGGCGCCGCCUGCCCCUGUUCCGAAUCAAUGGGCCGGUCAAACGGCGACGGCCAACACAUUGCCAGGCUGUGUCGGAAUCGGGGCUCCGCAGACCCAGAAAGUUCUAAUGAUGGCAGUGACGAUGAAGUCGAUAUCGGAGAUCCUUAUCUUACCGAUAGAUUUGGAAAUUUGACAAGUUGGAGGUUGAGUGACUUGGAGGCAGCGGCGGGUGAAGAAAUUAGUGAAAGAGAGGUAGAAGAAAAGAAAUAUUCCAAAAAGGAAAUGCUAAAGCGUGAUGCUGACCGUAAGAAACAGUACAUGGCAUAUGCUUUACAGAAAUAUAACAACGACGAGGAUCUUGUUGGGGAGAUGCGUUUUGUGUUUGAUGAAAGUAAAGAUGAAGUUUUCAUUAUUGAAGGAAACAUGAACUUCUAUGAACACUUCAACUUUACAGCUAAGCAGGCUGGUUCCACUGUUCUAUUUUUUGCUGAAGUGAUCCCAGACGAAGGAGAACUGUGUGAUGUUCUUUGCUGCAAGCCUUUGGAUUCUGAUGACAAUGGACAUUGCUUUGGUUGUAAGAAUCAAGGUUCUGUGGACUUGAGGCAUCCAGCUGGCGAAAGUUUGUAUGUUGGAGGUCAUGUGGAUUGCGAGUUCCCAUUUAUGUGGGAUAGUAUCAGUGAGGAUGACUCUGAUUGAGAGGGAGGAUGUCCUAGAUGGCCAUAAAGAAUGUCUGAUGGGCUGUUGGUCUUCAAUUAUUCCCAUUUUAACGUCCAUGUGAUGCUACUUAUAUUUUGAAAGGGCGUGUAUAGUACCUUACACUAGCUAUAUAAUUAUACUUUCAUAAAGCACAAACGUUCUCCCAAGCGUGACUGGGCCGCACACCGUCCGAUUUGUCUGAGGCAGCAGAUGCAACCAUUCAUAGACUCUUUCUCU